ACCUGCUCCAUCAGACCACCAGCCUGUACAAAGCCAGAGGAUACUGUAGUGACAUACAAAAGGACUGGAGAAACAAGACAAGAGGCACGAGGGAGAUAUCCAGAGAAACAGAAGGAAAUAAAUAAAUAAAAAGAGGAAGUUUGGCCAGUGAGAAUUGACUUUGGGAAAGUUUUGGUACUCUGCAGAGAGAGUAGCCGUGCUACUCUGGUUGGAAACUCAAGGAUCAGAAGGAAGUGAGAAAAGUCAAGGACGAUAAGCGUGAAAAGGACAAAGGAAUUUGUUUCCCCUGACUGGAUUGCAAAGUUUUCUUGGAUUUCUCCCACCCCUCCUCCUGGGCUGAGCGCAUAGGGGGAGGAAGAACCGUGUUGACCGCAGGGAUGAAGUAUAGCUACCAGCUACCAGUGUCAUCGUACACCACGCGAUAUAGUCAGUACACACCAAUGACGUACACACCAACACACUACACCCCCACCAAUUACACACCUACGCACUACACCCCCAGCAAUUACACACCUACACACUACACCCCCACCAAAUACACACCCACUUCAUAUACCCCAACAAGGUACAGCUCAACUCACUACACCCCCACAAGCUACACCCCAUCACUUUACACACCUACACACAAAACCAGUUCCAGUUACACCCCUUCGUACAGCAAAGGAACACGCUACAGUGCUGCUACACGUCGCACAGCACACAUACCUGCACAGCAGACUCCUGCACCUCUACCACUCAAGCCAGUCCGGGCUGUGCACUUCUCCAAUGAUAUUAUCUUCCAGGACCUUGUCCGACAUGGUGAGAUGGAGCAGAUUGGACGCUUUAUGAGAGCGAAGAAAGUACGUCUGCAUACCCUCUUCCCAUCUGGUAUGGCAGCACUCCAUGAGGCCGUACUCACAGGGAACCUGGAUUGCGUGAAGCUGCUGGUGAGAUAUGGAGCUGAUGUCCACCAGAGAGAUGAGGAUGGCUGGACGCCGCUGCACAUGGCCUGCAGUGAUGGCUUCCCCGAAAUCGCCAGCUACCUGCUCUCUCUUGGUGCCAGUGCAUUUGCAGAGAACGAGAACGGGGAGAAGCCAGCGGACCUCAUUGACCCAGAUUGUAAGGAGCUGGUCAAUCUAUUUGAGGCAGGCUGUGUGUAACUCACUGGCCACCUACAGUACAGGACCUGAAGGAGCUUGAUGUGGACAGAUGGAUAGUGUACCCUGGUCCUGAGACUAGCUUCUUGGAAUGGAAAAGCCCAGCCAGAGAGAAGGAGAAAGACUGGGACAAGGGACCAGGCCACUUUUCCUGCUACAGAGCACUUGUAGCCUAUUCUUUGCUAAAUGCAUAAUUGUGACUGACAAUGCUUUUUGGAGAGGUUUUGUAUAUCAAGUUGGACAAUGCUUUGUAAAGGUUAUAAUUUUUUGUAUCUUUUUCAUUCUUCGCUUAAAAGAAGUUGGCUA